GGUUGUGUUCGUUGUGAUCGUGCUUGCCAAACCGGCCCUUGCCGAUCACCCCGCAAGACCUCCGGUGACGAGCGUGAUCGCCCGUUCCUGAAGCUGCCACUGUCACUCUCACAACCUCACCCUCUGUCACUUCUGCUCACGCCUCCUUCGGCAUUUGCAGAGAUAAUCCUCCAUAACUUCUCUAGCGUCUGCACUACCCAAGCCUCCUGUGGCCGCCAUGGCGGAGCUCAACAGCACAAAGCUCAACGCGGAGUCGCAUCUACUGCUCGACCAACCCCUCCUGCGCAUGCCUUAUGAACUCUCACGGCGGAAUUUCAAGAAUGCGCAACGCCUCAUCGAGCACACUACCACCUCGCUCACGUCCGCCCUCUCCAGCACUACCAAGAACGCUUCGAAGACCAACGACUCCACACAGACUCUCGAGUCACUUGAUGCCAUGAUCUCGAAGAUGCAAGGUCUAAAGCGUAAACUGUCGAACCUGCAAGAAGAAGAGACAAAAUUACACAAAGCUGCCAAAGCCCGACUACAACACCUUCAGGACUUGCAUGACGUCCAAAGCUUAGUAGAUGUCAAGUACGACGAAUGGUCUCGUAUCCGAUUGUCGCGCUUACUAGUCGACUAUCUGCUUCGCGAAGGUUAUGCUUCCAGUGCCGCCUGCCUUGCGCAGUCCAAGGGUAUCGAGGAUCUCGUGGAUGUCGAUGCCUUCAUAUCAUGCCACAAGAUCGAACGCAGCCUCAAAGAGGGGAUGAGUACUACGCUGGCGCUUGAUUGGUGUAAGGAGCACGGGAAAGAGCUUAAAAAGGCUGGUAGUUUGCUAGAGUUUGAGUUGAGGUUGCAGCAGUACAUCGAAAUGGUUAGGCAAGGACAUGAGAGCAGCGUGUCAAGCGUCGACGGCGACUUCGGUCGGGAAGGAGUUAGCAUAGGAGGUGGUGGAGGGGAGCAGAAGCUGACGGAGGCGAGGGCGCAUGCAAAGAAGUACCUCAGUCCGAGCGGGGACUUUGAGUUGAUAAGACGCGCAGCGGGUUUGUUGGCUUAUAGGCCGUGGGAUGAAGUGGAACCCUACGCCUCCCUCUACUCGUCAUCGCGAUGGUCCCACUUGGCGUCACUGUUUCUCACAACUCACCACAAUCUGUACUCCCUCCCACCCCGGCCACUCCUGCACAUCGCCCUCUCUGCCGGUCUCUCUGCUCUCAAGACGCCGGCCUGUCACUCCGCAUUCACAUCAUCCUCCGCAAACGCCUCCUCGUCUACAACGACCGUAUGCCCAAUAUGCAGUACAGAGCUCAACGAGCUGGCCCGCAACGUGCCGUAUGCACAUCAUACCAAGAGUAUCGUGGAAAACGAUCCGGUUGUGCUACCAAACGGACGCAUUUAUGGGAGUGAACGGCUGAGGUUAUUCAACGACAAAGUGGGCACAGAGAAGGGCUGGAUUCGGGAUCCUGCCGCGGGGAAGAUGGACGAGCUGUGGAAGGAGAGCGAGGUGCGGCGGGUGUUUGUUCUAUAAGUAACAAGUUCUGGGUAUCAUUUGUGCGGCAUAGCGUGGCGUUUGGGUAUCAUAUGUGGUCCUCUACCACAGUAGGUUUACG